AUGAUGAGCAAAGUACUGAUCCUCAGCUGUAUUUCAGCAGUAAUGCUUAUGACUGCAGCUUAUGGAGCACCUCUAUCAACAGAGGAACUUCUUAAAACUUUAAUAACAGAUUUAAAAAUCCUGGAAAAAAGCAAGGAUAAGAUUCAUCUUGACCUUUACACACCAAAUGAGAAACAGGAGUGCAGCUGGCAAACUCUACAGUGUUACCUGACGGAAAUGGGCACCUUGGAGAAUGAAAUUGAAGACGAGGAUGUUCAUCAUCUUCGAAAUAUCAAAAAGAAUCUCCGGAGUCUUAUGGACCUAAUUCCUCUAGGAACCGGAUGCAAGAUCUGUGAACUUAAUGACAAGAAAAAGUUUCCUGCAUUUCACCAAGAACUGAGCAACUUUCUGAUAUCUAUGCUAAAAUAA